AUGGCGACGGACAGCAUGCUGGAACCGGAGGCGGCGGCGGUGGCGGCGGGCGGAGCAUCAGCAGCGCGUCAGCGGCCGUCGAAGCAAGCCAGCCGCAGCACGCGAGCGUUGUUCCCGACGGCGUACAACGGCCAGAAGUGGGCGCGCUUUCUGGACCGGUGCCUAGCGACGCGGCUCUCGGUCGACCGGUUUACGCAGUUUGCGCCGCUCCAGCAGCGGAAGUACCCGGUGGCGCCGGCGCUGCUGGCGGAUCUUCUGCUGCGGCCGCGAAGCGGCGGCGUCGGGUCCUCGACGACAUCAGCGACAGCGACAGCGACAGCUACAUGCGACGCGUUUAUCGACCCGCGCAUCCCGGCGUAUCUGCAGGUGCUGCUGCAGCUCCGGCACGUCGACGUGACCUCGGUGCUGCAGGCGCUGUACCGCUACUCGACAUCGCAACGAGCGGCGCAAAAGUCGGCUCACGUCAAGGGCGAGCAGCAGCAGCAGCAAGGCGACAGAGACGGAGACGACGACGACGCGAGCGGACCCUUGACGCCGGCGGUCAAGAUUGAGCCGGGCAGCAGGACAGGCGGAGGACCGAGCACACAGACAUCAGUCGGCCGGACGGCACUCUGGGGCAACUCGUACGCCAACGAGGAGACGACGUUUUAUCGGAUCACGCGUGCGGUGCGCCAGGGAACGGCUAUCCGGAACCACCGUGAGGCGCUGGCGAUUGCGCGCAGCAUGGCGGCGUGGAUGGACCUCUUCGUGGCGGCGGCGGCCGAGACGACGGUCGGCACGGUGGUCGGCACGGGGGCGCGCGACCUGACGGCGCAGGAACACAUGCAGGAGGAGAUGGGGGCAGCACGAGCAGCGUUUGUGAUGCUGCUCCUGGCUGUGUUCGAGAACGAGAUCCUGUGUGCGGCCCUGGCGAUACCGGCGGUAAAAGGUGCUAGAAAACUGCUGUCUGCCAGCAUAGGCAGCUUCGUGCCGGUGAUCUCGCUCACACCAACACCGAUCACGGCGCGGCUGGAGCAGUUCCGUGCCGAUACGCUGGGCAGCCUCGAGCCGGCAGACAAGAAGGAGGCUGAGGCGGCCGACCUGCACGACAUAAUCAACUCGACGCUCGUCGGCCGGCCACUCAUCGACGACACUGCCCUCUUUACAUACCUACACAACCGAUACCAGGGCGACCUGCAGACGACGGCGAUCGACCUGAUCCUGGCGUCGUUUGACGUGCUGGCCAACGCGGUGUUUCGUACGGAGGUUCACACGUCGGCACACCUGCUGCGAUCGUUCCUGCUCAACAAGGUGCCGCUGCUGCUGGCGUCGCUGGCAAGCUCGCCACUGUACCCGUUCAACGCCGAGUACUGCAUCUCGGAGGCGCUGAGCCGGGUGGACACGAACGCGUUUCCGACCAUGUCAUCGAUGUUUGACGACAACCAGAACACGACGCCGCUGACGGACAGCGCGCGACAGGACUUUUGCUUUGCGUGUUGCCUGCACGGGCUGAUAGCCGAGACGAGCAUCGAGACGCUGCUGGGCGAGAUGACGUACCAGACGCUGCCGGACGGCGGACGUUUCACCAAGGAGCGGCUGGUACAGCAGUGUCUGGGAGGCGGUGGUGGUGGCGGAGACGCCGGACGGAUCACGGCGCUGGUGGGCCAGCUGGACAGCAUGGACGGCAACGCAGGAGCGGCAUGCCAGGCACUAGUGGCCGUGCUAGGACAGCUGUGCGAACGGCGGGAGACGGCGACGCUUAAGGGACUGUGCAACCAGCUGGUGCGCAAGCCGCUGGCUUUUGACGUCGUGCUGCUGUUCGAAAAAUUGUCGGCAAUAGUGUGGCCGCUGUGCCGGCUGCUGGACACGUGGCGAUACGACGACGACCAGGGCGAGUACCAGCCUGUGUAUGAGGAGUUCGGGGCGGUACUGUUCCUGUUGUUGGCUUUUGUGCAUCGCUACGGCCUCUCGGUGGCCGAUCUGGGCAUCGAGUGGCCGGCAGACUCGUUUGUGGCGCGGCUGCUGACAAAGGGUCACCUUGGACGCACGCUGGCCGAGAUUUCGGAGCAGGAGGGCGAGAACCUGGGCAACUGGAUCCGCGGGCUGUUUGACACGGAUGCCGGGGGACUGAGUGACGACCUGAUGUCGUCGUGUCCGCCGCAGCAGUUCUACAUGUUGACGCCGACGCUCUUCCAGCAGAUUGUGCAGGCGGUGAGCACGAACGCGUUGUCGGAGGAGAUGUUGAAGUGCGGGAUAGAGUACCUUGUGGACACGUUCCUGCUGCCAUCGCUCGUGACGGCGCUGAUCUACCUCUCGGACAUGCUGCGGGUAGAACGGCUGACGGAGCAGCGGGCGAUCCUGCGGGUGCUGCACUUGAUCCUGCAGCCGGCGACGAUUUCGAGCGAGGCGGCGACGAUGCUGUCGGCGCUGCUCAAUGUGGUGGCGAAGCCGCUGGAGCAGGCACUGCGCACAUACCAGCGACAAGACCCCAAGAGCCAGGAGGUGGACCCGCUGCUGCGGGUGUUGAAGCCCAACAUUCCGCGAUCGAGGCGGACAGCCGCGGCCGAGCAUAACGAGCUGACGUUUGGCAACACGAGUAACAACGGUGGCCUGGCAGCGGCGGUGCGCCAGACGGUGCAGAGCUUUGUGCAGUGGAGCGUGCAUCCGGGCGUGAACACGAUGCCGACCUGGUACACGCACCGGCAGUUCCUGGCAGCCCUGAGGCUGAUGGGCGCGCCACGGCUGCUGCAGCUGAUCCUGGACGACCUGCAGCGUCAGGUAGAGGCCGGCAGUGGCAGCAUGGCCUAUGAUGUGGCCUGUGCCCUGGUAUGUGCGCCAGACGUGACGAACGAGCCAUCGCCUGCGAUGCUGUAUGUGCUGGGAGGAGGGGGAGGAGAUCGAGGCAGCGACAAGCAGCAGAAAAACGACCUGGUGCCGAAUCCGGCGACAGUGCAGCGGCGCAUGUCAUUACGCCAGGCGCUAGCCUUUCGAGCGGAGGAGUGGAAGCAGAUGCAGCGCUCUGGGCGGCCGAGCGAGAUGGUCAUGGCUGAGACGAUUGUGCGGCUGCACCGUCGUGUCGAGGCUCAGAUGGCACCACCGCCGCCAGCAGCCGUGGCAGCCGCGGCGGCUGUCGAGAUGGUCGAUAUGACCGAUCUGGGCGGCGAUCUCGGUGGCAAUCUCGGUGGUGAUCUCGGUGCCGACCUCACCAGUCACAACCUGGGUGGGCUCGACGGGACCGACGUCGCGGCGGCUGCAGCAGCCGCUCUCGAUGGCGCGGCCAUGGACAGCAUUGCGGCAGCGGCUGUUCAGGCUGCAGCAGCUGAUGCGGCCGAUGCGGCCGAUGCCAUGACGCUCGACACCACAGCGCCGCCGGCCAGCAGCAAGACGGCCGCCGGCGCGGCUGUGACCGACCUCGACGAUCUCGGCGAUCUCGGCGAUCUCGGCGAUCUCGGCAGCCUCGAGGGUAUGGGCGUUAUGGACGGGCUCGGCGAUAUAGGUGGCGCCAGCGCGGCCGGCAGCCUCGACCUUGGUGACCAGAGCAUGUUUUCGGACCUGGAACUGAUAUCGUGGAUUGACAUGCAGUGA